CAAUCGCAACCCGCUUGUUUUCUGGGGACACGAAAUCUCCCAAGGAAAGAGUCAAUAGUUCGAUCCAACGGCUGUCGUCAUCUCCCAUCUUCAGCGCACCAUCUACCUCCUUCGCCCUCUCUCUUAAAACCCUAGACCUAAAUUUCGGACAAUCGAAGUCUCUUUCUCGAUCGCGAAAACCCUAAACCCGCGUUUGGGCAGAUGUUCUGCAGCAUUAUUGGGGAAUAAGUUAUGGGCAAUAAGAAGAACCCCCUUGUAUUUUUGGACAUAUCAAUUGAUAGGGAUCCAGUUGAAAAAUUGGUGAUUGAGCUUUAUUCGGAUGUUGUUCCAAAAACUGCUGAAAACUUCCGGGCGCUUUGUACUGGUGAGAAAGGGAUAGGAGCUUCUAGUGCGAAACCGUUGCAUUACAAGGGAUCAUUUUUCCAUCGUAUAAUUAAAGGUUUUAUGGCUCAAGGUGGCGACUUCUCAAAACAAGAUGGCAGUGGUGGAGAGAGCAUAUAUGGGGGAAAGUUUCCAGAUGAGAAUUUCAAACUGAAGCAUGACGGACCUGGAAUUUUAUCUAUGGCAAAUGGUGGUCCUAACACAAAUGGAUCCCAAUUUUUUAUCACCUUCAAGGCUACACCACAUCUUGAUGGCAAACAUGUUGUUUUUGGGAAGAUAGUAAAUGGUAUAAGCUUACUGAGGAAGAUAGAGCAGGCAGGUUCAGAGAAAGGAAAACCUGCAUCCCUUGUAAAAGUCGUGGAUUGUGGUGAAGUUACUGAGAAAGCUCUUAAUGCAUCAGCAGAAGAUAGAGGGAAAAAGGUGAAGAAAUCAGGAAGAGAUCUUUCUUCAGACGAUAGUUCUGAUGGGAAAGCGAGGAUGAGGCGCAGAAGGCAUGCUAAAGACAUAAAUAAGAAGAGAAGGAAAAGAUACUCAACAUCAGACUCAUACAGCUCUGGUUCUGAUUCAGAGUCCGAUUCUGAUAGCGACUCUGAUUCAUACUCUUCACCAUCUGAAACAAGUUCAUCCAGUGAUCACAGGCGCAGGAGAAGAAAGAAAACAUCAAGGAAAGCUAAAGCUAAAGCUAGAAAUGGGAAAAGGAAAAGAGAUCGACGUCGAGAGAAAGAACAAAAGAGGCGCAGUAAAAGAUCGAGACGCAGGUCAUCGGAAAGUUCAAGUGAUUCCAGUAGCGAGGGUGUCAACAUUGGUGGCUUGGAUGUUGAAAAAGUUAGAAAUAUAGUAAGUGUGCCAGAUGUUGCUAAUAAGUCUACCAAAGAUCAAGAAGUAAAAUCUCCUUCAGUCAAUUUUUGCAAGGAAGCAGCUGUAGGAGAGUCAAAGAAUGAGGAAAAGAAGGCUGUUGAAUACAAUACAUCUCAUGAAGAGGGUGAACUAUCCGGAGGAAAUGAAGGUGCUCCAGAAACUGAUAACGGCUUGGAAUCCAACUCUAAGAGGAUCAUAAAUCAGCAUAUCAAAUCAGAUGAAAAAUCAAAUCUCUUAAGAAGGAAGGCCGACGACCACAAUGGAAACCCAACUUUAGGUUCCAGGAGCAGCCCAAGCAAUCCUGCAUCAAGUCCUGACAAGGUGCGGCAACUGCAAGGUGCUAGAGGAAGUCCACGUAGAGAAAAGGAUAAGCAUGACCAUGCAAGAGAUUCGAGGAGUCCAGCAAGAAGCCCUGCACACAAGGCUGCUGCAGUUGCACCAGAAAAAGGUCAGAAUUUGUCAAGGAACCCCUCUUCAGAUGGCGCUCCAAAACGCAUAAAAAAAGGGCGUGGGUUCACCAAGGCUUAUGCAUAUGUACGGAAGUAUAGGACACCAUCACCUGAAUGCUCUCCUGUUCAUUCGCAAUAUUAUAGAAGAAGAAAUGAACGAGGACGUGAUUAUGAUAGGGACAACAGGUACAGACCUUACCGUGAGCGAUCACCUGCAAGAAAUUAUCAGCGAUCCCCACGAGGCAGCAGUCCUGUCAGAUACCGGAGCAGGAGGAGCCGUAGUAGGAGCAACUCAAGGAGCCCAGUCAAGUACCGAAGCCGUGGAAGAGAUCGUAGCUUGAGCCCUAGAAGAAGCCGGAGUCCUAUAGCUGAUCGUCGACCAGCAGUGAGUGAUAUGCUUAGAUCUCGCCUUGGCCCUCGAGGAGAUAGUAGUCCUGUUGCGGAGAGAGGAAGGUCAAGGUUGAGGAGUCGAGGUUCAGUGUCAUCGCAGUCAGUUGAUGAUGGAGGUGGAAAGACAGGGAAAGGGAAGGCAAGGUUUGCAAGCAGCAGCUCUAGGUCCAGCAGUCCUGCCGGAAAUAAUGGUUUGGUCUCUUAUGGGGAUGGAGAUCCUUGAAUUUACUAGCUGAAGUUGUACAAGUUCUAUCCGGAGAGAAGUUUUACAUUGUUUUGUCUUAGUUAUUUGCUUCACCUUAUCAUGGGCAAGUUAAAUAGUCUCAGAGAGGAUUUACUUUCCCUUUUUUUGGGUUUAUUGUGUACUUUCUGUUACAUAUUACUCUGAUGUAGAGUUAAUAUCAUGUCAACUUUGUCUCUUGAAUUCUACCAUUAUUAUUGUUUUGAUUACUUGCAG